AUGGCAGAAGCACAAAUGCGUCUAGUCGAAAGAGUGGCUGCAGAGACUGACGAACAAGAACGGCAGCGGAGGUAUCAAUACGAAGGACCAGAGCAGACGGACGAAGGUGCGAUUGCACUGGAGGCGUUCACUUAUUGCUCCUCGCAUCUAGUGAAGCAGCAGAGACAAACACUGUGCAAGCUUGCCCAAAUGGUAGCACUAGCAGCCGAAGCGAUGAGCAGGUGCUACAACGGCACACCCCACGAAGAACGGUAA